GUUGCACUCUCGUGGCCGGAGAAGCGCCACCCCAGGCUGGCCACGAAGGCGCGAGGGUGGGGGACGAAUAAAAACCAUCGACAACCGUAUAUAAGCUGCGACGGAAGCCAGUUGCUUUGAAAAGUAAACCUGAUAUUAUCCGGGCAUGGCAGCGCAUCGUACAACAACCCCAUCCUACAACUUCAAUAUGGCUCCGCUAUACACGGGCAGCCCGCUCAACUUGGCCUUGAUAGGCUGCGCCCUGGCAACCGUCUACUUUGUCGGCAGCGCAUUCUACUAUCUCUUCCUACACCCUCUUCGAUCCUACCCGGGCCCGCUCCUCUACCGGAUCUCACGUAUUCCGAAAGCGUACCGACUGAUGCGGGGCGAGUUGAUAUUUUAUAUGAGAGACUUGCAUGCCCAGUAUGGGCCAGUCGUGCGGAUCGGCCCCAAUGAGCUUGCCUUCAGCGACCCUCAGGCAUGGAAGGACAUCUACGGUCAUCGUGUCGGCGGCGCCCCGGAUCUGCCCAAGUACGAUGGCUUCUACCGCGUGAUCGAUAACGUCCCCAGGAGCAUCAUUAACGCAAAGAGAGAGGAGCACGCUUUCUUGCGUCGCCAACUAGCGCACGGUUUCUCCGAGCGGUCGAUGCAGGCCCAGGAACCCAUCAUCGGGUCCUAUGUGGACUUACUAAUUGAGCGCCUCAAAGAACGGUGCGACGACGGUGCGGCCGCUCUCAACAUGCGCGAAUGGCUGAACUGGACGACCUUCGACGUGAUAGGAGACCUGGGCUUCGGCUCCUCGUUCGGCUGCCUCGAAAAGUCCGACUACCAUCCCUGGGUGAAGAUCAUCGCCCUCUCGGUACGGCAAAUGGGCGUCUUGAACGGCUUGGCGAACGCGGGACUCCGACCCCUGAUCCGGAGGGUUCUACGCAUGGGUUUGACGGCUGUGACGGACCACCAGUCCUUAGUCCGUGAGAAGCUGAAGCAGAGAAUGGAACUCGACUUUGAGAGACCAGAUUUCAUCGAGGGUCUCAUUAAGAAAAAGGACGAGAACAUGUUGGAUUUUACCCAGGUGGCUGCAAACUCGAACGUACUUAUCAUUGCUGGGAGCGAGACAACCGCAACGCUGCUCAGCGGCGCCAUCUAUUUACUUACAGCCCACCCGGACAAGCUCGAGAGACUCGCCAACGAAGUCCGCUCCGUGUUCAGGAAGGAAGAAGAGAUCACUCUCACGUCGGUCAGCAAGUUGACGUAUAUGUUAGCCUGUCUAAACGAGACUCUUCGCCACUACCCUCCCGUUCCCGUCGGCUUGCCCCGAGUAACGCCAAAGGGCGGCGCGCACAUCCUAGGCAAGCUCGUACCGCAAGAUACCAUCGUAGCAGUCUGGCAGUACGCCGUCAGUCACGACGAACGUUUCUGGAAAGAUCCUUUCUCCUUCUCGCCGGAACGAUUUAUGGGCGAUCCGGCGUUCAAGAACGACCGGCUCGACGCGAUGCAGCCAUUUAGCCUCGGGCCGCGAAACUGCAUCGGCCGCAAUUUGGCCUACGCUGAGAUGCGCCUCAUCCUGGCCAAGAUCGUCUUCAACUUCGACAUGAAGCUCAGCGAGGAUAGCUUCCGCUGGAUGGAAGAUCAGGUGGCAUACAGCCUAUGGGAUAAGCCGUCGCUCAAUAUUCACAUGAAACCAGUUACCGCAAAGUGAGACUGAAGAUUUAACCUUGACACAGUAGGUUGGGACAGGCUGUCGCUGGUAGACAGUGAACACGUACACAAGGGCCUCACUUCUCGUCAGUCGGGCACUCUAAAGUAACAAGGCGGAUUUUUUACAUUACCACUCAUAACAUCACGCAGAGAUCUCCGAUGG